CCGGAGAGACAAAUGGAGGAUAACGGAGGAGACGGUGGUAGCAACGCCCACUGGUGGUGGGCUUUGGCCGGCGCAACUCAAUUUGGUUGGGGAAUAGCCUCUUUCAGGCGAGGAUUCAUCGGCAAUUCUAGCCUCAUGCCCUUUAAGGCCUUCGCCGUUGCUUCGCUUUUCGUCGGCGCCGCCGCCUCAUCCGCCAUCGCUUCCCUCAAAGCCUCCGGCAUUCACAAGGUGGAAGACGUGAUGGAAAUUGGGGCUAGUAUCAGGAGUGGAUUGGGGGUUCGUCCAAGGGCACGAGAUGAAUGAGUUUUCGAUUAGUUUGCUGGGCUGGUGGCUGUGUUUAGUGUUUACCUUCAGUUUCAGGAAUUCAAUUUUGGAGAGACUACACAAUUUUCACAGCACAAGUCGAUUCGGGUCGAGUCAAGCCUCCGGAUUGGCCAGGCCAUAACACAGACUGAUUAUGUGAACCUUGGACUUGGAUGGAUGGUAAAAGAGUCAUCAGGAAGGGGGGGCGAUUCCUUUUUAUUGACCCCAUAAUUCGAUACUUUAUGUAUGAAAUGAGUCUUGAUAUUAUUUUACCUUGUGGCGUAGCAAAUAGCAAUGAGCUCACCUCACAUAGUUUACUUUACUGCUUAAUUUUGUAUUUCCAUAACCUUCCAAAAGCAACAAUUUCUUUUUUAUUUAUUUAUUUAUUUUGCUAAAAUCGUUCUUUAUUUUA